AGAGAGAGAGAGAUGUUCUUGUUGUACUAAAAUUUCAGUAUUUUUGGGUUGAUGUUCAUUUCUAAAUGGUUCACUGUUGGGUAUAUGAGGGAAUGAAUGCUUUGAAUGCUGGGUAUUUAAGAGAAUGAAUGUCUGAUUGUUGGAUUUGUAGCGGAAUGACUUUUUCAUUGUUGGAUAUGUUAGGAAAUAGAGUUUUCAUAUUGAGUAUAUGAGAGAAUAGAUUUCUGUUGUUAGGCAUUUGAGAGUAUGGGUGCUUCCAUUGUUGGGUUGUUAAAUAGAUACCACAUCAUCUUCUUCAUAGUUUGGAAUGAAUUUUUACUUUCCUGAGUGAUUUUGUUGAUUAAAAUCUACAAUUUACCCUAUGAUGUUUACAGUGACUGAGAAAGUUCUUUCUCCCCGGGGUUGCCCCUGGUGAAAACAUAGAUGUUCAACUUCUUGACACAUAGGAGCAAUAAGAUUGUGACACAUUUUGCUUCCGGGGUUGUCUUUGCUUUAGUCUCAUUGUUAUAAUGUUCAUCUAUUUAGAUACAUAUGCUCUUCAUCAAGCUCAAAGCUCUUUUUUUUUUGUUAAUAUAAUGACAUAGACAAUAUAUUGAAAGAUUAAUAUUGCUGGUUUAUUUUUAGAAAUAUUUGCUUUGAUUAAAUUUCAUUUGUGUCAGUAGUUUCUUUGUUUAAUAUGAAUGACCAUGGAUUUUUUUUUUUGAAUAUGUUGACUGUAUUGAACAGAAUGUGAGUACAGAAUGUGAGAGGAGAGGGGAGCAGGAUACUCACAGACGGGUUCCGCCCAAAAACUAAGCAACCCACAAACUUGUGUUUUUCACUCUGGUGCCCUGAUGGUACCUCUUUGCAAAUACAUCUUGUGCUUUUCACUCUGAAUUCUAGCUAUGUCAUUCUCUCUACACGCCAGAGGUCUCUCUCUCUCUCUCUCUACACACGCCAGAGCUCUAGACUCUUAUAGAAACAGGUGAAGAAUCCAGCCGUCAUUAAUGGUCGCCCUGAGAUGUAUCAUCGUCAUGUCCAAUGAUCCUUCGCCUUGCCCGCCUCAAACCAUGCAUUUCUCCUCCCUCUCGCCCAAACUCCUCUCUCUCUCAUCCCAACCGUGCUUUCUUUCACUCCAGCCACCCUCUCUCUUGUCGCAGCCAUUGGCCCAAUGGCGAGUCUCGGAGUGCCUGCAACUCCAGAGUCAUGGCUCUCAUUCGAGCCCACAAACUCGACGAAGCUCGCUGUGUCUUAGAAUCACUCUCUCUCAACAACGUUCGGACAUGGACCUCUCUCUUAACCAGUUACGCUCAAAUAGGAAGAGUUCAAGAGGCUCGACAAGUGUUCGAUGCCAUGCCAGAGAAGAACAUCAUCUCAUGGAACUCUAUGCUCACUGGCUAUGUCAAGAAUUCAAAUUUACAGAAUGCACGCAAGCUGUUUGAUGAAAUGCCUGAGAAAAAUGUGGCAUCAUGGAAUGCCAUGAUCAGUGGUUAUUGCCGAAUGGGUCUUAUGAGAGAAGCGAGAGAAUUGUUUGAGUUGAUGGGGGAAAGGAAUUUGGUUACAUGGACUUCAUUAAUUUCAGGGUAUGCAGAGGCUGAAGAUUACAUAGAAGGUUGGAUUUUGUUUCUGAGAAUGAGGAGAGAUGGGGCAGUGCUAGACCAGCCGGGUUUUGUAGUUGGAGUAACAGUGGCCUCUGGUUUGGCUCGAAUCGAUCCAGUCCAGCUUUUGCAGGGUAUGGUGACUAAGGCUGGUUUUGAUCAAGAUGUGAUAGUGUGUACCUCAAUCUUGAAUACUUAUGCAAAAUUGGGAGAAUUGGAAGCUGCAGUGUUGUUCUACAAUGGAAUGCCUAUAAAAAAUGAGUUUACCUGGGCAACAAUGAUCACAUGUUAUGCGGAGAAUGGGAAGUUAGAAUAUGCUUGUGAAAUUUAUCGAAGCACUCCUGGACAAACGGUUGGAACUCAAACUGCCAUGAUGGUGGGUUUUGCACAAAAUGGAAGAAUUUUCGAAGCAAGGGCUAUUUUUGAUGAGAUCUUGAAGCCAGAUGUGGUUGCUUGGAAUGCGAUGGUAACUGGUUAUGCUCAAAAUGGAUUGGUCGAACAGGCAGAAGAGAUGUUCAAUAAGAUGCCGAAGAGAAAUUCAGUUUCAUGGGCUUCAAUGGUAUCAGGGUACUCACAGAAUGGGCUGUAUAAGAAAGCUCUACAACUCUUCUCAGAAAUGCUUCGAACAGGCAUGGUACCAAUAAAUCCGGCUUGCACCAGCGCCAUUAACACCUGUGCCAGUAGUGGGGCAUUGCAAUUGGGGAAACAGAUACACACUCUCUCUAUCAAAAUUGGUUCUUUCUCGAAUCGCUUUCUCUCACAUGCCCUGAUUGAUAUGUAUUCUAGGUGCAAGAACAUAGAUGAUGCAGUGCAAGUGUUUAGCUUGAUGAGGGAGAAAGAUAACAUUUCAUGGAAUUCUUUGAUAUCUGGGCUAUCUCAGAACCAGAUGUUGGAAGACGCCAGGAGUGCUUUUGAAACCAUGCCAAAUCAUGAUAUCGUUUCAUGGACCACCAUGAUCUGUGCAUAUGUGCUAGCUGGGCAUGCAUGUGAAGCCCAAGAGUUGUUUACCUGUUUGUUGAGAGACGGUUUAAAACCUAACCCAUUUACUUUUUCAAGCAUUCUAACCAAUUGUGCUGGCUUAGGUGCAAUGGAGCUUGGUAAACAAAUUCAUGGCCUUGCCCUAAAACUUUGGUUUGACAAUGAUAUCUAUGUUUCUACUGCCCUAAUAAACAUGUAUUUCAAGUGUGGUAGCAUAAUUGAAGCCUUUCAGGUCUUUGACGAGGCACCUGAGCACGACCUAGCCAUGUGGAACUCUGUCUUAACUGGAUGUGGCCAACAUGCUUUAGGCAGACAGGCAGUUCGAGCCUUUGAAGAGAUGAGACUUGAAGGGGUUAAGCCUGACCAAACCACUUUUGCAGGGUUACUAUGUGCUUGUGGUCAUGUAGGCUUGAUUGAAGAAGCAUACUACUACUUUGAUUCCAUGCAUAGGGAACAUGGAAUAAUGCCUCAAGAAUGUCACUAUGCGAGCAUAGUUGGCCUUCUAGGGCAGGCAGGGCAGCUAUAUGAGGCUGAAGAGUUCAUAGAGAGCAUGCCUUUUGAGCCUGGGUCUUUGGUUUUUGGGGCUUUACUCAAGGCUUGUAGGGCUCAUGUCAAUGUUGAGCUAGGCCAGAGAAUUGCAGAGAGGCUAUUUAGCAUGGAACCCAAUACUUCUAGUUCUUAUGUGUUGUUGUUGGAUAUAUAUAAGGAUUUAGGCAUGUGGAAAGAAGUUGGGGAGAUGAAAAAGUUGAUGAAGGAUAGGGGUGUGGACGAGGAGGCUAGUUGCAGCAUGUGUUCAGGUUAAUUGUGCGCACUGGUUCUUGACAGGGUGCAAGAGGUAUGAAUCAAAGAAUGAGAUUCAUCAGGAGCUUAGAGAAUUGUAGGGGAGGUUUAUAUUAUCGAGCUUGAUGGAUUGAUUUGUUGGGGAGAUGAUUUGUCAAGAAGCUGGGGAGAUGAAAAUGUUGAUGAAGUAUAGGGGUGUGGAGGAGGCGGCUAGUUGUAGCGUGUGUUCAGGUUAAUAGUGCGCACUGGUUCUUGACAGGGUGCGAGAGGUAUGAAUCAAAGAAUGAGAUUCAUCAGGAGCUUAGAGAAUUGUAUGGGAGGUUUAUAUUAUCCUGUUAUGAGCCUGAUUGAUUGAUUUGUCACAGUAAGAUGCUUGUUGUAGCAUUUGACCUCGGGAAAACCACUUAAGGAAUGCCUGUGUAGAUGAUCAAGAAUGCUGGUUGUUUGGUUUUUGGAAGGAUUUGCUUAUUACUCUCUCUUUCUCAAAUAAACUAAGGUCAGGGUUGUAAGUGGAGAAUGGUGAGCAAACCAUAUUGACAGUCUUGUAUGGUGGGGGUUUGGCAUCCACCUUGUACCAAAAUUGCCAUAAGAUUAGGAACUUCUCGGAAUUUUGUAAUCUUGGAGGUUAGGACAAGUAGAAAUCACGAAUGGUAAUCAUUCAUUUUUUGAUGGAAUAUUGUAUAGAGAUUUCAGGCCUACAGUGAAAUUACAUUUCAACCCAUGAUGAUAUUAUGCUC